AUGACUCUACAAUGGCCACGGUCAAUUAUCGUCAUUGGCAUGGUACUGAGCUACAUUUUUAGUCCUGCAUUGGCUACGCCGCCCUUCAUCACCGGAACCAGAGUUCGAGAGACUCCGGAAUUGAAACCUGAUGCUUUUGAACACUCAGAAUCUUUAAAACCUCAGCGUAAAAAACGGAAAACACUUGCUGAUCAGGAGAUCCACAAUAGUAUUCUACAUCCGCACUCAGCUUAUUUCUAUUCGCGUGAUGAUCCUAUACAUAGACGUGCACGGUUCAUAUCUCCACAUGACCAAAUUACCGAGGGCGGGAUGGGACCAGCACUAUCUAACCCUUGGGAGCUAGUAACUGAGAGUAUUGGAUCACCAUCAGGAACAAGUGUGAAUUUGAGGAGUGUCAAUGAUGCCGAUGCCUACGAAGAACCAAUUGAACAGACCGUCAAUCAGAAAGAAAAGUCCAAUUCCGUACUGGAGGAACACUCAAAAGCUGAACCAAUAGGAAAUAAAUUCGGGUGGCAUACGUUGGCGGAAUUAUACAACAGUCAUAAAUAUAUGUGGAAUAUCCAUGCUCUCGCGGUCAAGAGGCUUAAGAUACAAGAUAGUCAGGAAUAUGCAACAGUUAAUCAAAAGUACAUCAAACUCAUCGAUCAAGAAUGGUAUAAGAUCAAGAAUAUGCGUUUGAUGGGAUACAAACUCUUGGACGGCUUACCAAUUCAAAUCGCCAAGAUCGUACGAUUAGAUGAGCCCGAAGGCGCGCCCGAAAUUCACGAAUACCAGAUUAGACUGACGAAGAAUAAAAACCUCAUAUCUACAGAUGACCUUCGUGGUCGAGUCAUCAGGAUCGUCAAAGCUCUUGGCCUUUAUCACAAUUUAUUACGGUUAGGUGGACUAGAGAUGGGGGGAAAGCAUGAAGAUUUGCUUGAAUGGUUUUUCACAGCUUUAUUCAAAGAAACUGAUACGGGAGGAUGGCCACUACUAGGCCAAAUCACUCGCCAUGGGGCUAACCCAACAUAUUUUGGUGGCGUAUUCAAGAGCGAAGCUCAGAAACUUUUACUCGAUGUACUACGCGCUGAUAAAGUGAUUUGCAAGGAAGUGGGCUUGCAGGCUGCGAUCGCUUUGAUUGGGUUUUGGCAUGAAGAAUCUGCUCUUGGCCUCAUCCACACCGCUGCUUCGACAACCAGUCCUCAUCUUCGCAGACCAUUUGACAAGGAGAUCUAUGAAAGAGAAGCUGUGAAUGCAUUGCAGAACAACCAUUAUUCGACUACUCAGCAAAAACUCGAUAAAGAAGCUCGACUGCACAAAGGUCGACAAAUACUUAAAGAUUCACUCAAGCAUGUCACUACCGCCGGUGACAUAGAGUUUAGAUCAUGA